AGUAUUUCUUAGAAAAAAAAUUAAACUACAUUGCAAGUAAAACGCUUUUCAGCCAAAAGGAGUAUAAAAUUGCACGCACCCAACUGUGUUGUUUUGUUUGUUCUGUAACAAUGGCUUCGGAAACUCGGAAAGUCGUUAUUCAUCUGAGAGCCACCGGCGACGCCCCAAUACUCAAACAGGCCAAGUUCAAGAUGGCUGGGAGUGAUAAGUUUGUUAAAGUAAUAGAUUUUCUCCGUCGCCAGCUUCACCGGGAGACUUUGUUUGUGUAUGUAAACAGUGCCUUCUCUCCAAACCCUGAUGAGCUAGUAUUGGAUCUGUGUAAUUUUCGUUGGAGCAUGUUUGAGGGCACAUCUUCUCGUUGGACACCUCAUUUUUUCUGAAAACUUUGGGAUUGAUGGGAAAUUGGUGGUCAAUUAUGCAUGUUCCAUGGCGUGGGGUUGAUUACUGCCAAGAUUUGAUUCUGUACAAUAAUGAAAGAGAAGAUAGGGUAUACUAUCAAACUUACCCUUCUUUUCUUUCCAGUAUCUUGUAUAUUUCCUACUUCAAAAAUGCUAAAUCCGAUCUUUCUUUUCCACUGAUAGUUUGAUUUUUACAUUGAUGAUCUCUGGUAAAACUGUAGAUGCAUGUAUUAUUACAUUGGAGCUGAUUCCACUGUGUUUGCUAGUUUGAUGAAGAUACUAUGAACAGACAGAAAUAAUCUCGAUUAAUAGAAUAUUUAUCGAACUCAA